AUUUGUUAUAUAAACUAAAAACAUCUUUCAUAUUAUUCUUGAUCAAACUAAAAUUCACAUCACCAUGGCAACUAGAUGUUUAUGCUUUGCAACAUUAAUGCUUACUGCAAGCAUCUUAGUAUUAGGAAUAUCUGCUCAAAUUGAAUGUGGUGGUAACUUAAUUGCCAUUGGAAAGCAAUGCAUAAGUUUCGUUCAAAAGGAAGGGCCAAAAGUUCCACCUUCAAAAUCUUGUUGUGAAGCAUUACAAGGUGCUAAUGUCUCGUGUUAUUGCAAAUAUGUGACUCCUGUUAUUGAGAGUAAAUUCAGCAUAGAAAAAGCUUUGUACGUGGCAAAAACAUGUCAAGCUCAAAAUAUUCCUACUGAUAAGUGUGGAAGUUAUACUAUUCCUCACCCUCCUUCAUCGAAGGCUUAAAGACAACAUUGAAUGCAUGAAACUGAUGCUCAUGAAUAAAAUAAAAUAGACAUGUGGUGCAUCUUUUCAGUUAUUAGUUAUAUUUUCUCUUCCUUUGAUUGGUAUUUACAUGAGUUAAAUAACAUGAUUUCAUUGUAACGAGUAUAAAAAGUUGCAAGGUGUUAUUAGGUGCAUGCAUUAA